GAGAUUGACAACAUAAGCGUGUGCGCUGCUCCAGCCUCACUUCAACAGAGCGACUCGCGCGAGAGACGCGCUCAAACACGGGAAUAUGCUAUAUUACAGCGGAAUACAGUAAAAUAAGUGUUAUUUCUUAAAAGGAAAGAGCUGCACCCUACAAAUCUGCAGAACUUCCCUAAGUCUGUGUGCUUCUCGAGGGACACCUUAAGACAGAUUUGACUGCUGUCCCCUGUUUACCGAGAUACAAUCAUCAUCAAUGAGGACAUUAGGAAUGGCUGUGUUCAAGCAACAAAAAGUGGAGGAUUUCUAUGAUAUUGGUGAAGAACUUGGAAGUGGGCAGUUUGCUAUCGUGAAGCGCUGUACGGAGAAGAGUACGGGUGUGGAAUAUGCUGCAAAGUUCAUAAAGAAGCGGCAGAGUCGGGCGAGCCGGAGAGGCGUUCGGCGAGAGGAGAUCGAGAGAGAGGUGGACAUCCUACAGGAGCUCCAGCAUCCCAACAUCAUCACGUUGCACGACGUUUACGAGAACCGCACUGACGUGGUGCUCAUCCUGGAGCUUGUUUCAGGAGGCGAGCUCUUCGACUUCCUGGCUCAGAAGGAGUCGCUGAGUGAAGAGGAAGCCACAGAAUUCAUCAAACAGAUCCUCAACGGAGUUCAGUACCUGCACUCCAAGAAAAUUGCACACUUUGACCUGAAGCCCGAAAAUGUCAUGCUGCUGGAUAACAAUAUCCAACUGCCACGGAUCAAACUUAUCGACUUUGGUUUGGCGCAUAGGAUUAGGGAAGGAGUGGAGUUCAAAAACAUUUUUGGGACUCCAGAAUUUGUUGCUCCAGAGAUAGUCAACUAUGAGCAGCUGGGAUUAGAGGCAGACAUGUGGACCAUUGGAGUCAUUACAUACAUCCUAUUAAGUGGGGCAUCGCCAUUCCUGGGCGACUCUAAGCAGGAAACUCUUGCAAACAUCUCAGCAGUGAGCUUCGAAUUUGAUGAGGAGUUCUUCGGCAACACCAGUGAACUGGCCAAAAGCUUCAUCAGACAGCUGCUGGUGAAAGAUACAAGAAAGAGGCUUAAGAUACAAGACGCACUCAACCACCCCUGGAUUAAGACCCACGAACAGCCGGAGGACAACAGCGCCACCGUAGAGGUGCAAACAAAAGUGGAAUCGCAGCAGCUGAAGACCAAACGCCUGAAAGAGUACACCAUUCAAUCCCACUCCAGCAUGCCACCCAACAACACCUAUGUCAACUUUGAGCGUUUCGCCAGCGUUCUAGAGGACAUCUCAUUGGUGGAAAUGGGUCUCGAAAAUGUGACUCAGAACCGUGAAUCCCUUCAGGAUGAUGUUGAGGCUCUUCUCUCCAUCUACAUUGAGAAGGAAGCUUGGUAUAAAGAGGAAAGUGAAAGCAUCCGGCAGGAGCUCUCGCAGGUGCGCUAUGAGUUUCGAAAAGCGGAGGUGUUGAGGAAAGGCCUUCAGGAGGACUUGAGGACAACCGACGCCAGCUUAGCCAGCAUCGACAGUCGCUACCUGACUAGAGAAGCCCACCUGAGCUCCCUCAGACAGGAGCUGAACGCAGAACUCAGAUGGUUGCAGGAGGUUAUGGGGUCACUAAAUGGAGAGGCUGGGAACAAGGCGUUGGGAUCCAUCUCAGCUCUGAACAAUGAGGUGAACGAGGCCCUGAAGGAGCUGCUGACCAGGGCCUGUGAUGGCGAACUACGUCCUCAAGCGCAGCCAGACAUCUCUGAGUCUAACUAGUGGAGAUUAGACUACAGUGAUACAAUGAAUUAGAAGCAAGAUGUGAAUUCAGAGGCAUAGCUGAUAAAAGUAGCAAUGUUAACCACUGUCUCAGUUUGUCCCUUAACAUUUUGGGCAAUAGUAAUAAUGUAAAAGCUUUAAAGAUCUAUUUAAAAUAAUAUUUCACUCAUUUACUCAUCCUCAUGUCAUUCCAAGCUUGUAUAGAAUACAAAAGAAGAUAUUUUGAGAAAUGUCACAGUGUUUUGUUGUCCAGUUGUAACAAAGAAUGUUUGAAGAUUCUUUAAAAUAUCUUCUUUUGUGUUCUACAGAAGAAAGAAAGCUUCACAGGUCUAAAAUGGCAUGAGGGGAAGUCAAUAAUGUCAGAAUUUUCAUUUUUUGGCGAACUUUCCCUUUAAAUUCUAAAGACCUUUACUGAAGCCUAAUUAAUAUUCAUAAGCUAGUUUGAUAAGGUUAAAAAUGCCUUCGGCCUUGGCGUCAAUAGCCUCGUGGGCAGCUCGCCAACAUAUAGCACAGUUGAGCUUCGGGCGUCCCAAGUUCGAGUCCCGGCUCGCGAACCUUUCCCGAUCCCCCCCAUCCCUCUCCUACUUUGCUUUCUGUUUUAUAUUAUGUCCCAUCCUAAUAAAGGCAAAAAAUGCCCAAAAUAAAUGCUAUGUCCCAGUCUAGGGACAACGUGGAGUAACAUAAAUGAAGAACGUCACAAAAAGAAAGCGUAGAUGAAGAAAAACAAGUUCCUACAGGAUAGUUACGUUUCCCUAUUUACAGAUUACCUUUUAAUACCAACACAGUUUUGAACAUAAAAACAAAACUAAACGGAGGGAAAAACAGUUAGAACAACAUUAAGCAAGUAAUGGGCUAUUUCACUUUUGAUCAACUUGACAACAGGCCGGAGGAACGCCAACACCAGCGUGUCCUCUCGGCAGAACACGCACUCAAAGCCGCGCCCCCUGUGUAUUGUUCAGAAGCGCGUUUUUAAAGGAUGCGACGCCCAGAGAGGAGCUAAUCCGCAUUCCCAGGUAAUUAGCAGCCAGAACCUGGAGCGACGAGGAGAGAGAGACUCACAAGGGAAAAGAACACAUAGUCACACAUCACAGUAUGAUAUUAUAUACGUCCGAGGACGAAACAUAAAUCUUUGAAAAAAAUGCCUAUGGCAACCAUUAUAACUGUGGAUACAUGUCUCGUCUAGAAAUUCUUGAGCUUAUCAAUGCACUUUUAUGUUUUAAGAGUUUAGUUUUUGUGAAAAGAGAAAAGAAAAAAAUAGAAAAAACAAAAAUGAAGAACCAAUGAUUUAAGACAAAGCAGCAUUUGUUUAGGCAGUAAAAUAGAAGAAUGUGCAAGCAGCAAGUCCGAAUAAUGCACCAAACAUUGCCACCUUAUUAAUAUUUAUGAGCCAAGCUAAUAAGGUUUAUAUCCCAAAACUUAAAUUAUUGUGUAAAGAUUAUUACCUCAACAGAACAUUAGUUUGAGACACUUUUGAGACAUGUUUGGAAUUAAAUUUACUGUACCUGCAAAAGUCAGAGUUUAAAAUUGUCUUGUUUAUUUGUAACUUGUUUUGUAUAUACUUUAUACCAAAAUAAUUAGAUUAUGUAAAUGCUGCUGCUCUACAGCAUUCAACAGCAUUCUUUUGAAUUCACCAUAUUCAUCAAUAUGUUUGUUCUUGUCAGUGUUUCUUUCAUUUCUGGUCAAAUGCUGAUCAAACAUCUACAAAACAUUCUUUCUUUGAACAGUAAUAGUGAUGAAAUGAUGUCAGCGUUUAUGAUUUCAUUUCAUCUUUAUGCAUGGGUUGUUUUUCUUUUGUUUACAGAUGACAUAAAUAUGAUUUUGGCCAUAAAUUGUAACAUUCUUUCUUUUUUUUUCUUUCUUAUAAGCAGUUUAAAAGUUCUCUAAUUUAUUUGUGAAUGUACCUACUGUAUUUAAAGCACUACAUGCUCAUUGCCAUGCUCAUACUUUAAUUUUGAUCAAAAAGUCAUAUUUGUUAUAUGUGUAUUGAUUUGUGAACAUCAGCACUUGGACGUUUUCUUCAGCACAUCAUGCCAGCAUGCUGCUUGACAUAAACUGUGAUGUUAUUUCUUUUCAUAUUGAAUAAAGCACUGGAAUGAUGAUUACAGUACAUACCUCCCACUGAUCAUUAGUCCUGCAGCUGGCUGUGGUGCAUUGUGGGAUGGAAAGAGAUAAACUGUACUCAGUCCCUUAGGGGUGUGUGUUUCUUGGAACUUGUGCAAUUUCAUUUGUGUUAAGGCAUCACUUUUACUAUUGCUCAUACUUAGGGCUAGGACUCUACUGUGAACACUGUUUGUGCUUAUGAUACCUCAAAUCAUGUGGUUUAUUGAGGAAAGGUGUGCUAUUCAUUUUAUAAACAAUCAGACCGAAGAUUUUUCACCUGGUAGUUGAUAAACUGGGGAAAUCCAAAGACUCUUAUUGAACAGUUAUGACACUGUAAUUGUUUUUU